AGUGGCAACUUAUUUCCCUUUUUCAGUGCGUAUGAUAUAGUAAUUGCAGGCCAGGGCAAAGCUCUCAUCAAGACGGACAUACAGGUAGAGUUACCAGAAGAUUGUUAUGGCAGGGUGGCACCACGAUCUGGUCUUUCCUGGAAGAAUCACAUUGAUGUUGGAGCCGGUGUUAUUGACCGAGACUACCAGGGAAAUGUUGGCGUUGUUCUCUUCAACCACGCCAAGACUGAUUUUGAAGUAAAAAAGGGUGACCGAGUAGCUCAGCUCAUAUGUGAAAAAAUCGUGUAUCCAGAUAUAGAGGAAGUUGAGGAAUUCGUGGACACAGAACGAGGUGCUGAUGGUUUUGGAUCAACUGGAAUGAAGUAGAAAAUCCAUCCAGAAAAUUUUAUUAGA